AAUUCCUCUGGCACCUUUUUUUGUAAAGCCGUUUAUAAACCCAAAUAGCUGCCAGUGUUAUGUGUAAAAGAAACGCGCGAAUGCCGGUAAACGGCCCCCAAAGGCUUGCUGAUUCAGCCACAAGGCGUGUGAGACGUGACUCUGCGGUGCCCCCCAGUCUCUUAAAUGGACCACCCCCCUACCCCGCCGACCACGUGGUUUCCGGUGUUUGUGUACGACGUGAAUUUGGUGUAUGGCAGUGCGACAAUCGGGGCUGUGCUGUAUUCGGACGCCUGGGCCACGUAGGGGAGUGAUCGUAACAGGGCGAUCAUGCAUGAACAAGAAAUGACGGCGCAGAAAAAGGGGCGAGUGACAGGUUCAUGCAGAUUUGCCAAUCACGGUUCUGAUGCAGUGCACCAGGAAUCUGACGGUGGCAUCGGUGUGUGUGGCUGGCUGCUGGUGCUGUUCUCCAUCCUGUUAACCUUGCUGACCCUGCCUCUCUCCAUAUGGAUGUGCAUCAAGAUCGUGAAGGAGUACGAACGUGCCAUCAUCUUCCGUCUGGGCCGGAUCAUCCGUGGUGGUGCCAAAGGACCAGGUCUGUUCUUCAUCCUGCCCUGCACUGACAGUUUCAUCAAUGUGGAUAUGCGAACCAUCACUUUUGAUAUCCCCCCCCAGGAGGUGUUGACGAAGGACUCGGUGACGGUGAGCGUAGACGGGGUGGUGUACUACCGGGUGCAGAACGCCACCCUUGCUGUCGCCAACAUCACCAACGCGGAUGCCGCCACCCGCUUGCUGGCUCAGACCACCCUGCGCAACGUCCUGGGCACCAAGAACCUGGCAGAGAUCCUGUCUGACCGGGAGGAGAUUGCUCACAGCAUGCAGUCCACUUUGGAUGAAGCCACGGAUGACUGGGGCAUCAAGGUAGAGCGAGUGGAGAUCAAAGAUGUCAAGCUGCCCCUGCAGCUCCAGAGGGCCAUGGCAGCCGAGGCGGAGGCAACGCGGGAGGCACGGGCCAAGGUGAUCGCGGCGGAGGGGGAGAUGAACGCCUCCCGGGCUCUGAAGGAGGCCUCCCUGGUCAUCGCGGAGUCGCCCUCGGCGCUACAGCUACGUUACCUGCAGACGCUAAACACCAUCGCCGCCGAAAAGAACUCCACCAUCAUCUUCCCCCUGCCCCUCGAACUGAUGCAGAGUUUCAUGAAGCGCUAAGUGGUCGGUCCUUAUGGUGUCAGCCAUUACAAAUGCAGGCUGGUAUGUCUGAAGAUGUGCAUCCAGCUGUUCUGGUUGCUUAGGGCUUGUGGAGUUUCGGGAAAUUGUAUCAUUAUAUUUCUGUGCACUGAUGCAUGUCUUUUAGUGUUUAUGGAGUGGUAUACUGCACGGCCAUAUCUUAUAUAGGUUGACUUUGCUUUUUUGUGUAGAUAUCCAUUGCAUUAUUUUUAAAUUCACUUUUAUCCAAGUUUUUUUUUGUAAUACACUUUUAUAACUGAGCCACCUUCAAUAAAAAUUUGAAGCAGAUGUUUCAUAAUGCUUUUGAAAUAUUGUGAAGGAAAACAGUGGUGUUCAGAAGCAAUAAAUGAUUUUUUU